GGUCACGUGAGAUUGAAGAGCCGCAUGUGACAGAAGAAACUAGAAGGCGAUCGCACGGCUAAGGAAGAAAAUGAGGUUUCGCUUCUGCGGAGAUUUGGAUUGUCCAGAUUGGGUACUUGCAGAGAUAAGUACUCUUUCAAAAAUAACGUCUGUAAAGAUGAGGCUUGUUUGUGCCCAGAUGAUCAAAGAUUUGCUGGGAGAAGAGAUCGACUACGCCAAAGUUGAGAAGUUGACAUCGGAUGCCAAGUAUGAAUUGUCAGAUGUGAAAGCUUCAAUUGCAGCUCUUUCGUUUAUACUCUCAAGUGCUGCAAAGUACAGCGUGGAUAGCGAUUCAUUAUCUAACGAACUUCAACAGCUUGGCUUGCCUAAGGAACUCUCUACUGCACUCUGUAAAACUUAUGGAGAAAAUUUAACCAACUUGCAAAGUUCUUUCCUGCGAAGUAGUAUAAAGCUGAACCAACUAACUGGGUUGGAGUGGAGAGUGGACUUCGUCUUAGGCUGCAGUGAAUUAAAUGAAAUGGUGGAGCCAGAGGUCCAGCUCAGAUUUAAUGAAGUAGAUAACAACAGCCACAGUGUACGACCUGUAUCAUUCUCCAUGGCGUCACAGAAAUUUAGUGUAUUACUUGGUGAACUGAAGCAAGCGCAGCGAAUAAUGACAGGACUAUGAUUUCCAUUGCCUCCAGCUUCAGAAUCAUUCUUUUUUAUGAUCGUCACAAGGGCCUACAAUUAUUUUUUGGGGCUGAUUUUUUUCAUGGCAGAAUAUGCUUUAUUUCACACAUUCUGAGAUACUGUUGUUCAUGUCUCUGAUUGGACAAACAAUGAUUUUCACAGUCUUUGAGAUGUGUUGGUCAGUGAGAUAAAAUCUCAGUAUGAAAGCAGAAAGUGCUUGAACAAUUGUUAUUCACUCAUUGUGAUGUGUCAAAAAACUCACUUGUUUGCUGCGCCCACUUGUUAUGUUUUUUGAUGCAUCACAACUCUUGAAUUAAAAUUGUUUGUACACUCUUUCCAUGGAAUGAUGGUUAUAAAUGGUGUUGAUAUUUAUGUAAGCUCUGUAGCACCUGCAGACAGUUUUAGUGGUGCAAGUAUCUUGUUCAACACAUUUUUGUAGAAAUAUGAAAUAAUUAAUUCUAUCAUAAACUGAGGAAUCUCGGUGGCAUACUGUAGUAACCACUUAACCUGAAGCCUAUGCAAAGGAGAAACAUCCUCAAUGCUUUGAAGUUUUCUUUUUUUUAUGGAGCAUUUAACUGGCAAUAAAUACUGACUCUUGGAUAGGAUAAAUGGUAUGAUGCGUUGCUCCACUUCCUUGAUAGUACUGUACUGAAAAUGGUAUGGGAAAAUAAGAGCAAACAUCACUGACUACUAGUUGUCCAAAUAAUGAAACAGUUACUAAAUGAGAAGAAACUUUCAUGACUUUGAAUUGUCAUCUCUCUUCACCCCAGUCCGCCAGGGGUUCAUAAAGAGACAUGCCUACAUGUGACCGCUAAAGCUUUGUGCUUGAAGAAUUAGCAGACCUUUAAACAUAAUAGUUGAGAAAGACCUUGGGGUGUAGGUAAUAACUGGGAGCAGGAAAAAAUACCCAGCUGUCAAGGUGAUUUUCCAGGCUGAAAAAGAUCAUGCAAUCUUUGAAAUGGCUUCUUCUUUCUCCAAAUAUAUCUUCAGUGAAAUCCCAUUUCUUCCUCUAACUGUGUGAGUAUUAAUUAUCACUUUACCUGAAGUAACAGGAUCUUAAAUACUUGUUUUCACCAUAUUUGAAUGAUUGAUUGUGUUGGGCAAGAAGCUCAAUGACCAAGGUUGUUCCAUGUACAAUAAUGAUGACCCAGUUCGGUUAGGUGAAAUACAAAUG